AUAGAAGCAGCCGUUUUUGGUGCACUCAGUUCGUCACUUUUGCUUACACUGGUCUCUGCGAAGGUGGUUCGGUAAAAAAUUAAUCGCCCAUUCGGUGUGUGGAAUGUAAAAACGAAGUGGUGCGAAAAACUGGAACGGAAUCCGUACCGAAGUGUGGCGCUAGAAAGUGGAUGUUCAAUGUCACACAGUUAGUGGUUUUAUAUAAUCGACCGUUUUGCAUCGUUCAUCGCUGCACCUUGCACUUGAAACUGCACCAUCGUGCAUCGUGGUGGUUGCGUCUGAGUUCUCGUCCGUAGCCAAAAACCCCCAUUCGUCGGUCGACUGUGCUGUGCACAAUACUUUGUAAUUUUUUGUCGGGAUUUCCUUGCAGCACAGAGUCGUGUGGCAUUCGCUUUUCUAUUGAUUUUCCUGCCGAUUACCAAUAAACAGUGUGGCGGGGUUUGCUGCGCGAACCGAUUUGCAAACUCGAAACCCGCGCUGCCUUCUCGCAGCGCGAUCGUCCACAUCCGUCGCCUUCGACUGCGUCAGUGUGCUUCCGUUCCGCUUAAUGUGUAAGUGUGCUGUGCUGGGUACGCGAUUGUGAUCGGAGGUGAUUUUGUAAAAAUAGUCAAGGGCCACCGACAACGUGCGGUGAUCAUUGGUGAAAAACAACAUUGCUCGGUGUUGACCUUCCUCCCGAAUGUGUGCCUGCUCCUGUCUGUGCGCUUAUGGUGUUAGGGGAAAGUGAAGAUUUACAUAAUUGCCGCUCAGGAGCUAACGCCCGCAACUCUACCGUUUCAACUUCGGCCCAACUGCCACGAUCGGUAAAUCGCUCUCCUGCGGGAUCGCAGCCACAGGCUCACCAUCCGUACGCAGCCAAAAUGGACGUCCUCGAGGAGAUUCGUGAGCAAUGCAAGGAACUGAUCCUCACAGACAAACAGGUGGAGGAGAUCAUGCGGCGGGUCUUGAAGGAAAUCAAUCGAGGAUUGAGCAAAGAAACGCACGCCGAGGCCGAUGUGAAAUGUUUCAUCACUUACGUACAGGACCUGCCAAAUGGAAAAGAGAAAGGUAAAUUUCUGGCCCUCGACCUCGGUGGCACCAACUUCCGGGUGCUGCUGAUCCAUCUGAAGGAUGAGAACGACUUUGAGAUGCUGUCGAAGAUCUACGCCAUUCCACAGAGCAUCAUGCUUGGCAGUGGGACGCAGCUCUUCGAUCACAUUGCCGAAUGUUUAGCCAACUUUAUGAAGGAACACUCCGUUUACGAGGAACGUUUGCCACUAGGGUUCACAUUCUCAUUCCCGCUAACACAGCUCGGCCUUACCAAAGGUAUUCUGGCCCGGUGGACCAAAGGUUUCAACUGUUCCGGUGUGGUCGGUGAAGAUGUCGUACAGCUGCUGAAAGACGCGAUCGCCAGACGAGGGGACGUUCAAAUUGAUAUCUGUGCCAUCCUAAACGAUACCACUGGCACGCUGAUGUCCUGUGCCUGGAAGAACCACAACUGCAGAAUAGGACUGAUUGUCGGUACGGGCAGUAACGCCUGCUACGUCGAGCGAGUGGAAAACUGUGACCAGUUCGAUGGGCCAAAGACCGGCGAGAACAUCAAGAAGCACGUCCUCAUCAACACCGAGUGGGGCGCUUUCGGUGACGAUGGGGCGCUAGAUUUUGUGCGCACCGAGUACGAUCGUGAAAUCGAUCAGCACAGCAUCAACCCAGGACGGCAGCUGCAGGAGAAGAUGAUCUCGGGCAUGUACAUGGGCGAGCUGGCCCGUUUGGCGAUCGUAAAGUUCACGAAGGCGGGCUUCCUGUUCGGCGGUGUAGGCUCGGACAUCCUCUUCAAGCGCGGCCAGUUCUUCACGAAGUACGUAUCGGAAAUCGAGUCCGACAAACCGGGCACGUACACGUACUGCCGGGACGUGCUGGAUGAGCUCGGUCUGGAGCACGCGUCCGACGAGGAUUGCGCCAACGUACGCUACAUCUGCGAGUGUGUCUCGAGCCGGGCGGCUCACCUCGUCUCGGCCGGCAUCGCGGCGCUGAUCAACAAAAUGGAUGAACCAAGCGUGACGGUCGGCGUGGACGGUUCGGUGUACCGUUUCCAUCCCAAGUUCCACGAUCUAAUGGUGCAGAAGAUACGACAGUUCGUGAAACCGCACAUCUCCUUCGACCUGAUGCUGUCGGAGGAUGGGUCCGGCCGUGGAGCGGCCCUGGUGGCUGCCGUCGCCUGCCGUGAAGCACAGUAGACCCCAUCGGGAACUUGCAACGAUUAGACGAUUCUGUGGUUUCCCCGAGCGCGCAUACUCGGACCGAACACCACCGUGCGCCGCGUACGAUUUAGCUAUACUAUUACACCUCAGAGGCGGAAUCCGGAACCUAGCGCCACUACUACCACUACUGCUACUACUACCGUUGGUCCGUUGAACCGGAUGGCGCUGCUGCCGCUGCUGUGCGGCGAUGCUGCUGCUACUCCCCGGCUAGCAGACAGAUGGUGGGUGCCGGUGCUGCACGACCCACCUCGUGUUUCGAACCCGAAAAACAACACAAGUACAAGUAAGACGGAAAUGGUCACCCUUCUUCGUAAAGAGCAGGAAGCGCGUAUCGUUGGAAGCCAGACACACAUACACACCCACACUCACCUACCGUAACUAGUUACUUAGCGUAUACAUAGAGAAAAUAUGGUCAACCUGUUUGGUGAGAAGGAAACACGGCAAGCCGAAGCCCCCGCACAGGAAGCGGAACCCCACGGAACGCAGCUAUGUCAUUCAAAACCCACCCAGUAACGAAGGGGCGCUGGAGCACCCCAGGUUCUCGCUCCUCACUGUGCGGGAACCAUUUUAAGCUUCUCUGACGGAACUCUCCUCGGGGUUUCUCUCAGUAGCGCCAAGCGGGCGCUAAAACAAAACCGAAUGCUGCCAGCAGCGGGAAACGCGUGAAUACGCCAUUCCGGCAAAGGGUAUGUACAGAAGAAAGCACACGGCAAUAAGGUGGCGGUGGCGCGGGGCCGGCGUUGAUCGUUACUAGGAUUGAAACAAAAGAAAAGAUCGCACCCUCAAAGAUCAUGCUCGUCAGGGGGAUGCAACCGAUUAAUAAGUCCUCAUUGUCAAUGCUAGAAUUGACCGUAGAUUCGUUAGCUUUCCGCGACAACGAGCCAGCCAGGAGGUGGUGCCGGUGGUUAGAGACGGUUAGAAAACAGAACUGGUGGUGAUCAUCAUUUUAGAAGGGCAGAUGUAACCCGGAUGAACUUUGGCGAUGCUUGAUUCCUUCACGGCGAAUGUAACGCAUCAUCCUUGGUUUUGUGGUUAGUGUUUUAGGUUGUACAUUGUUUUAAAUUAGUUACAAUUAUAGAUGUUGCCGGUGUUUUAUAAUUUUUUGGGCACGCUUAGUGGACUGGGCGAACGUGUAAUGCAUGGCGUGAAUGGUGUGAAUGCGGUUGUGCGAAUGGUGGUCAUGAGCGAGUGAACGAGCGAUAGGUAAAUGGAACAGCAAAAACCUUUAUACAGCCAGAAUGUAACAGUGUUUACAGUGCAAAAGAUGUAACAGAGUGUAAAAGAUAAAGAAACUAGGAGAUAGGAGAAAAACAUUAAAAACAGAAAGAAAAAGAAAAAAUAAACACAAAAAAAGUAAAACGGGCAAACGAAUGCCGUUGCCGCUGUGCGCUGUUGGUGUGAAAGGAAAGGUAAAUGAGAGAUGAAUGCAUAGAAAUAAAUCAAAGAUGAGUAUAGCAAAUAUCAAAUACACCGAAUGAGAAUAGCCAAUGCGUUUGUACGUAGAACCGUGCUGUGUGCUGCCUUUUCUUAGUUAAGCGCUGUGCUAUGAUUUUCACCCUUUGCGUACAACCUGUCGGAGGGACUUUAGCCAUUUCGCACCCAUCGUGACACACCUGUACAUAUCCCUCAACUUACCACCGGGAGGACGAGUAUAACUCACCUCCCCUCGAGAGUUCCUCCAGAGUCGCAUGGGUGGGUAUAGAGUGGGCCUCCUUCAAGCAACACUAACGUUUGCAAACGUUCACCACCAUGAAGAGGUUUUGUGAAUGUUCUACUAAAUAACCGACAAAAAAGUUACUUAGUUUUGAAAAACAUAAUUGUAAAUUCUCACACGCUUGUCGUUCGCCUUUUCGCGAUGCUUAGUAUCCGUUUAUUUAUUCCUUCACAAAGCGUUGGAUAGCGUUUUGUGAACGAUGGAACCCGGCAAGAGGGUAUCGGAGGUUCUGUAUCGUGAAGAAAGUGGUCGAACGAGUCCCGACGAAAGGGCCAAGCUUGGCAAAAAGAAUUUAGAACCCAACAGUUUACAACCGGCGAAGGGCACUGGCGGAAAGCUAACGCAAGGUAGCUGAUCGAGCUCAGCGAUUGUUACAAAACAUACUCGUUACAAGCUGGUUACAGGCAUACCAAUAUUCUAGCGGCGUUGCUCUAAGGGCGCAUUAAAGGAAGACAGGCCACAAAUCGACAAUUGCGAUUGAGUAUAACAUAGUCAUACCAUCACUGAAUCGAAUUGGUAGUGGAUAAAUAAAUAUAUAUGAUAUAUUUAAU